AUGGAGAACUGGUCUGAGUUGCCGUCGGAGAUCAUCCACUCUAUCUCCUUGAGAAUCGACAACCUCUUUGAUUUGAUCCACUUCCGGUCAGUAUGUUCCUUUUGGCGAUCCUCUAGCCUCCUCAAAUUUCGACCGUUGACAUCACCUAGAUAUUGUCCUUUUCCCAUUGACUCUAGCGGUUGUGGUGAUGAUUGUUAUGUCUCGAGCAGCCGUGUUUAUCUUGUCAAGUCUUCUUCUGAUCACAACGGUCCUCGAUAUUGGUUGUUUAAGCUACGGGAGACAGAGAAUGGAGAUAUAGUUCUAUCUAAUUUUUUCGAAAGAAGUUACUGUAGAUAUGUGAAUCCACCUUUUUCACUUGACUUGCUCAGAUGUCAAGUCAUUGAGUUAGCUCAAGAACAUGUGGCUUGUUACACUUGGUCCGACGGAUUCCAAAAUCUGUUUCAGGAGGAAGGACGCAUUGGAUUUAUGAGUUUAGACGCAGAUAACAACGAAUUUAUGGUUCUAGGGAAUUCCAUAUUCCCGGCUCCCACGGUGUAUAGGUCAACCGAUGAGCGUUGGACUGAGCUCCAGAUCACAUAUCCCGAUGCAAUUCUUGAAGCGAUAGUUUCAUAUAAAAGUAAGUUUUACGCCAUUGAUGUCACCGGGAGAACAAUAGUUGUAGAGCCAACUUAUCUACAAGUGACUACGUUUCAGCAGUCUAGACCGUGUGAUAAGAAGACAAGGAAACGUUGGCUUCUAAACUCUGGGGACAAGGUCCUUCUCGUGGAGAUGUGGUCAGAGAGCCACGCCAAUUUUUCCAUACCUGAUAUCCGUGAGGAGAAGAUAUGGUUCCAAGUUUCAGAGUUAGACGUGGAGAGAAGGGAUUGGAAUCAAGUGGAAGAUGUGGAUGGUCGUGUACUGUUCUUGGGGCAAUAUUGCUCCUUCUCGUGCUUGGCUACUGAGAUUCAGGGAUUUAGAGGCAACUCUAUAAUAUUUCCGGACCUGUGGGGACUAACUAAUUCAAUUGAGCAUGAAAGCAUUCAUGUGUAUGAGUUCAGUGAGCAAGGCGUUAGUUCUGUAGAAGACAUUCCCGAGUAUGUUGAGCUGUUUCCAUUUCCCACUGAUUGGGUAAUCUCGAACGCAUGAUGUUAUUGACAUUCACUACAUUAAUAUACUUUUUUCUUGUGUUGUAGCCAAAGCUUGGCUGCUAAUUACGCUUUUAAUAUUUUAUUUUAUUUCAUAUUGUUAUGGAAAAAAGAUAAGUUUUCAGUCCAUGGAGAAAAUAAGAGUUCCAU